GUCAGUCUCCCAAUUCUUUGACGCUUCCCACCAGCUUACACUGAUUCUUUGCCUGUGCCGAUGGGCUCCUCAGCUUCCAAGGUCGCUGGCAGAGCCGGGGGAGCUGCAGCUCGCCGCAAAUACCCCUCGACGCCCUCUAUGGUCAACUCCGCACCCUCACCUACUGAUGCAGCAACAAAACCCACGCCCGCAGCUGCAGUCCGUCCCAGCCCAGCCGCUGCUCCUCCUGCAGGCGAAAAGUCUGAUCACGUAGAGCUUGACGCACGGGAUCCCCAAUUUGGCUCUGCGUUGCGCCGGGUCGGGGCAGCCAGGCCCGUGACUGAGAGAAGACCCGACGAAGACACCUUCCCGACCUCGAGCCAGCCCAUGCAUUCCGGCCAGAACAUCUUCCCCUCCGACGCCAAUAACCCAGCCAUGAUGCUUGUCCAGUCCAGGAAAAGAAUCGCUGCCCAGUGGGACUCGGAUCUAGAAAACCAAGGCCGGCCUAGCUUUGGCGGCAGGACGCUGUUGAGCGUCAAAGAUAUCAAAGAGGCUUUGACAUUGAGAGACGAAUUGGGCAAGUCCCCUCAAGAGGUAGAGAGGCAGAUGAGACUGAAACCGGGUGUGCUUGAUCAGCUGCUGGCCAAGGGUGUUGUGGCCAAUGUUUGAAUAUCGAUGGAAUGGGGUCGGGUCAAGAGAAGGGAGCCAACAAAAGAACCACAACAUUGUACCGUGAUGCGCAUAGCUCUAUCCGAAGAAGAGAAAUCGCGGUUGCAGAGCUUCAAUGAAGGCGACUUCGGACGGAGGGACUGUAUAGUCACCUAUACCAACAAUAAAUCCAACCACGACCAGCUGGCCCGGUGGAUGCCUCUGCGGAGAAAUGUUGGUAUGGACUCUCGUCGAUCUCCACUACACGCAUCCAAUGCGAAGAAUUCGAGACAUGAGGCGAAACUGGGAUAUUACGUUACUCCCCAAUCCUUCCAUGUCGACACAGGGGUUCGACCGAGCACACGACUUGUCUCAAUGGCCAGCUUUUGAACGUGCUAGAGUUCGCAUCACAGGAGAUGUUGGUGGUGGGAGAUGACCGAAAAUUUGCGAGCAGAGCAGGCCUUGAGCUGGGCGAGACUGGCCUAGCAAUAACGGCAAUUCCGCAAGUCACAUUGUCAGACAUUGUGAAGGCCGGGAAAUCGGUGGCGCAGACGUUUCCCCAGGGACGGAGCCGACGGAGAUGAAGCAAUUGGAUAUAGGCUUAUUGACAUUGUCGACGGUGCCUUGGAAGCUCGGACGGUGCAGUCGACAUUUUAAAACUUCAAAGGCAAGGAACCGCCAGGCUUUUGGACGAGAAAGAGGAUAUCCCGGAAGACAUCUCAGUUGAUGUCGAAGAAGGUGGUGGGUCAGAUAUCAGGAUUGCAAUACUGAGGUUCUGUAGAGAGCGCUUUGGCUCCAUUCCAUCCUCGAUAACCUCAACGAUACUCGAAUCGAUAUCGGUGUAUAUUUCCUCGUAAACCCAUCAACUUGGACACACAGAACACCUCCAAGUCCCAGUCUGUUGCCCUACUGCUAUUCAAUUGCAUUAUG